UUUUCGAAACUGCAAUUACCAUCGCUACAGUGAAAAAAUAGUUCACUAGCAACUCCAGCUUCCCCUUAAGCUAUUUUCUCAGAAUUUCUUUCGAGUGAUGCACGAAUGUUGGUACAUUUUCGUUUUGAAGUUUAAAGCAAACACUGCCGUGAUGAGAGAAAAGCCUACAUCAAUUACGGGAAAGAAAGGAAAGGAAAAAGAGGACACGCGUGAACAGAAGGCAAGCCCGCUUGAAGAUACGUCGUGAAGGUAUCUCGGAAUUGAAUCCUUACCGCGAGGUACAUCGCAUCGUCUUUAAUCUUUCGUUUCGCGUUCCUGCGUGACACGUUCGAGCGUGUCGCAUAAUCGCACUUGCGUAUGUGUAAAUUGCGUUAGGUCGAGCGGUUGCGCGGAAAUUCAAUGGUUCUUCGUUGGUUGUACGGCGCGACUUAGCGUAGCAAGGAUAUUAGUGUUUUAGCGAGAGCACUAACGAAUUAGUAAAACGUCUCUCAUUUCGUUCUAGUUGAUUCAAGAGGAAUCAUCUUUAUUCCGCUUAAUGCGCGCGCUAAUCAGCGCGAUGACUUCUGGUUCCCAAACAGUAAGUUAUACUUGCUCUGUAUAUGUAUGUAUGUGUGUAUGUGUAAAUGCAACGAUAACAAGAUUCGCGCACACAGGCGACGAAUACGAAACGUGCGUCUCCGAAGUCAGUAACAAAAAAAGCCGAUGGCUUCUGCAGCCAUUGCUAUAGAUAGUCGUAAAUGUAAUUUUAAUUUGUAAUAUUUCGUCACAUGUUCUAACAGUAUAGGACAACUGCGCUAUGGGCAAGGGCGAGACGAUUCCUCUGAUCUGUCGCCGUAAUAUCUUCUUAACUGUUCCCAUCUCCCCUCCUCCCUUCGUCCCGCGAUGAUGAUAAUAACGAUCGUGGUUCUUCAUCAUCAGCUCCACCGUCAUGUCCCUUCAAAGGUAUUAAUGUGCCCUUGCCUGGGGAUUGCUUGACAAAUUUUGAUAUAUCGGAUUAUCUGAUUAAAAAUUGUAUUUACUAUUAUAUUAUAAUCAUACGAUACGCGCUGUACGCAGAGGAAGAAACAAAUUUUAUUUACCAAAAAAUACCAGUUUUCUAAUAAAACUCUUUUUGUGAAGGAGAGCAUCGUUUUAUUGUGUACUGCGAGCGUCAUUGCUUUGUCACCCAAUCAAGUCCCCGAUAAAUCGUUGUAUCAUUUGAAAAGCAUGAGCUGAUUUCAAGUAGGCCAUUGCAAGAGUCACCGAGUCAUAACACAGGAAGAUAGCGCAAUCGUAAACAAUAUCGCAUUCGAUAUACGACAACUCAUUCGUGAUACGUUGUUUCGUAGCGAUUUCGUUUGACAGUUCGCAAGAAUAACAUGAAAGUAAAUUUCUUCAUUAAUUCAACAGUAAUGUAAUUACAGUAUCGUGGCUCACUUUCGCAAUGUACCGCACGAGCUUUUAUGCUGCAGUAUGAGAAAUCGAUUGUGCAAUUUUAUUUAUGUUCUCCUCUUGCUUAAGGCAUUACAACCGCCGAUUUCCCAUGCGAAAGUUAUUAACGCUCCCAGGUAUUACUGUUGCAGAACAAAACGGGAAGUAUCCGUUCCCGAAAUAUCAAACCCGAAACACCUCCAACGAUCAAACAUCGACAAGUCUAUCGAUUACGAUAAUGUAGCCAGCUGCAUGCAACGCCUGGAUGAGGAAUCAGCGGACGAUGGACAAGAAACUGGCAAAAAUAUGGCGAAAGACAAAGAGGCGGGCGACGUCGUACGUUUACCUCGUGACGUAAAUGCUGAUCUCGACAAAUACACUGAUCAAGACGAGAAAUCGAGUCUCUACGACGACUACGAGGCAAAAGACGUCGCGAAACGUGGCAUUCUGGGCAGCCCAGAAGAUUACGAGGAAGAGGACGAUGACUCGUCGAACGUAAUCGAAGAUAUGGUUGCUAUGAAAGAACAAGGAUUGCUAGAUGAAGGGAUAAUCGAAAAGAGAGCAGCACAAGGAGAUGCUCGAGUAAAGAGGGAUCAAUCCGUUCCAGAAACGCUUGAUAAAUCCGAGUCGAGUUUAAACGAUCCGGCAAAGUUAGAAGAGUCGAAGAUUGCAGCAAAAGAUCCUCAAUCGCGCCAGGUUUCUCGUGUCGAAUCGUUAGCUUCCAAUGGCACAUCCAAGAUCAAAGGAUCGAACGAGAUGAUCUCGGGAUCGAGCGGUGCUUCCAACAUCGACCAAGCGACAAACGCCGUUGCUCCACUCAAGAGAGCCGAAUCAAAUGAUGUGGAAUAUGAGAAGCGCGUGGAGGAAGAAAUUCAACGGAAGAUCGAUUCGAUCAAGGAAGAGAUUCAACGUGACAUCGAAGUUUAUCGACGAAUAAACGAUAUCGAGGAGAACAACGCUAGAUUCGAGGAGGAGUUGCGGGAUCAAGAGCGCGAGGAGAGACAGAAUUCCGAGGGAGAACCGAUCGAAAAACGUCAAACUGUAGCUAAGAGAUCGAUACGAGGAAAUGACAAUGACGGAGUCAGUCCAUCAAAGAGCAGUGAGAAGCGAGCUUUGAAGGGAGAUCAGCACGUGAGAGAACUGCGACGUCGAUCUAGCGAAAUCGGCAAGUCGGACGUUUUGAAAAAACGUCUAUCGCGUAGAGGUGACAUAAAGAAACGAGCCACGGCUAAUCACGACGAAGUCUCUGGACGACUAUCUUCGAAGGAACUCUUCAAGAAGAAACGCGAUCGCACUAGGCAAACGUUCUUGGUGAACAAUGAUCACCAUCGAUCGAAAAGAAGGCGUUCGAGAAGCUACGCAUCUCCACUUGAUCGGACAGGCGUCAGACCGGAAAAUGAAUUACUUAUUACAGAUCAAGAUUUGAAUUCUUAUACGGACAAUAGAAUGGUAAGACCGGAAGAAAACGAUACAUUGCAGAAUCAAAUACCUUUACCUAUCGCCAGCGAAGGCGAGAGUAAUGAAGAAAAACCAAGUCCCGCUGUAGCAGGACGCCCGAAUUCCUUGGUGUCUAUUACCGAAAGUUCACAAGAUUUGAGUCCACGUUUAGCGAGAGAGUACAAAGAAGCCUUCGGUGGGUUGCAGAGUGAGCCCGGCAGUGCUCUGGCUAGAUUUAAGCGAAUUAAACGCGUACUUGGUGGGUUUGACGCGAAAAUUUAAAGUUUCUGAUAAAACCGCUUGGACUUUCUUCGAAAAACGCAAUGUAUGCUAAAAUGUUUUGCUCGCGUGAAAUGAAAUUGUACGAAAAAAUAUGACUAUAUUCUUAAGUCAUCGUUGCAGUAAUGAACAUCUAAAAUAGUAGGAAUAUAAGCGUAGACUUAUACGUGUAACAGAAUAUUAUAGACUUUCACGAAAACGGCAUAGUCCAUCUAUAAUUAGAGAAAAGACUCUGUAGCUGUAGGGUAAAAUACCAGUAAUCAUGAGACACUCGGAGAUUGCGAGUCGAUUUAAUUGUAGCCUAAAUGAACGAUAUAUAAAUUCUUGACAAAAGUGAAUAUCUAUAUGUCUUCUACCGCUAAUUACUUAUAAAUUUUUUACGCCGGCCAUGUAGAGCGUCAAAAGAUAUAAAACGAGUUUAAUUGCUUCUUGGACGCUUCUUACAUCUUAAAAUAUUACAAGCUAUUUAAAAAACAUUUCGCAAAGUAAACUGCACGGUCGCCAACAUUGCUUAUGCGCAUAACAUUACGCAUGCCCUGCGUAUGCGCUCGUUCCAUUAAUUUAUUAACUUUAUUUUGAUAAAUUUUAAUUUAUUAACAGACAAUAAAAUUCAAAUUAAUCAAUUUUUAACUUUCGCACAGUGUGUACACACUAGAGAAACGUUAUAUACAGCAGUGACUCAUCGAUCGUCGGAAGGCGUUGCUUAUCAGUUAUCAUCAUAGAUCAAUUAGGAACCCGAAAAACGCAAUUACUUUAGAAACUGCAAUGAAAACAGAAUGAAAAACGAAUUUCUUACGUGAUUAAUCAUGGAAUUUAUCUUUCUGUUUUAAAACGAAUUCAUUGCAUUUUCCGUAAAUAUCUAUUAUUGUUUUGGAGACGGAGAGAGACGGAGAGAGAGAAAGAGAGAGAGAGAGAGAGAGAGGAAAGAGAAUAAAGUUGAUCUUAUAUGCAAGUAACGCGGAAAGUAAUUUUCGCGUUCUCCGGGUUGCUUCUUAGCGCCAAUCGAGAUAAAGAGAUAAAGAGAGAGAGAGGUACCUAGGCAAAGACAUAGACGCUUUGUAGACGUUCAAGAUUUAAUUAAUAAAGUUACGUUUAAACACGAAGAAGACACAUAAAUCGUUAAUCGCUUUUUUGUGCGCUUACAUUAUGGACGCCGGAAAUAGAGAUGAUGCACCGAGUGCCGGCGUGUCCGUAAUAUUUCAAAGUAUACAAUCCACUCUCUCGUUCCGUAAUAUCGUUCUACUUUACAACAAUAUAAAACAGUUAUUUACAUCGACGGCUAGAAGAAUCUGAAAACGAUGAAAAUUCGAGAAAAAUGUUUGAUUUCGAGAGAAAUUUCCUCGCCAGUGUGCGUGUAAUAUGCAUACGCGUGUGCGAGUGAGCGUUUAUAUAUCUCCUGUACGGAUCGAAUGGUGUUUUUGACACCGUUGCAAAUAAAAUGUAAUGCAAUGCAAAGCGAAUCGGGAUGGUUCAUGCGCUCGAGAAUAAAGUCUGCACCUCGUGAACGAGACUGGUGACGAAUUAUUAUCCAAUUACGCGAUUGAUCGACGUAUUUAAACAGCGACAUAGUUACUUACAUAGCUGUUAGAUAAUAUUUCUUCUUUUUUUAAAUGCAGACUGACUAUUUGUAGCAUGUUGCAAAAAUUCACGCGCGAAUUGGUCGUGUCACUUUGGUCGUACGUGACGAUCUCGCGAAAGAAGUGUAACGCGCUAGCCAUCCGCCGCGAUAAAUUAACAGUUAAUUGAUUGGAUUAGUGCGAAUAUCAGUCUGACAAAAAGGCUCGUUAAUAACAACGCUCAGGCACCGAUCGACUGUGAGAAUCGUGUAGACUACGCUCUCUUAUCUUUGACGAUUCCGUUUAUCAACCUCAUUCGCUGCUUAAAUGUACGAGAUUGGAACAUCAACGAGAGAAGUGAAUGAGAUUGAAGGUCGAAAAUAUUUGCGAAAACUUUUGAAUCACUGUACGAUCUUGGAUACUUGCGGAAACUUCUCUCUGCAUUGUGAUAUGUGUACAGCAAAUAAUGUACAAAGCGAAUGAACACUGAUACGAAAGAACGCAUUUUAUUUACCGACGCAUCGCAAAUCGAACGAAUCGCAAAUAUCGUGAAUGCAACGAUCGCGACAGGUGCAAAUAUAGAAAUGUACAUAUAACCGAUACGAGCGAGCCACACACGUGGCAAGUAACCUGACGGAUUUGGCUUAGCAUAUAGUGUGUGUCGAAAAAGAGCUGUUUCUUUUUUUUAUUUAAAAAAAUCGAUGUCUGAGAAAUGGUGUUCACAAUAAUAUAGUACAACAACGUAACGGUAUUACAUAGGUAAUAUGUAUAAUAUUUAUAUAUAUAAUGUUAUUUAUAAUAAUAGAUAAUUUUCUUUUUACCACAGUAACAUGGCUAUAUACAAAUAUUACAAAUUUCUUUCAUUAAGCCCUCACGGAUCGACGUGAUGGAUCGAUCUGGUGCGAGACUAGGCAGCGACGCUUCUCCGUAACGUACAUUUUUCCGCUGCUUAUCUUAUUUUCUGUAAUUGCACGUUGCAACAGACGCAAUCUUAAUUAAUUUUAAGCCAGUCUCUCCUUCCCUCGAUGUGAUUAAAACGGAGGGAGAGAGAGAUAGGGAGAGAGAGAGAGAGCGCGUGUAUGUACGUGUGUGUGUGUGUGUGUGUGUGUGUGUGUCUGUAUUUUUCAAGAUACGUAAAGAUAAGAAAAAGAAAGAAAUGGGGGGAAAUGUUUCUUAUUUGCAGACGUAAGACAAUUAGGGAUGAAAUUUAGAGUGAUACAGAGGGAAAACAGCAGAAAAA